CCCCAGAAAAUGGCGGCGGCGGUUCAUAAGGCCUACGAACGCCAAGCGGGAAACAUCACGCUCAGCACGCAAACUGUAGAUUACACAACCACGACACACUGCCACAAUCGUCUCUCUUCCAUCGCUUUGAGAUCUCUUAAAUCCUCCCGUCGGCUGAUAGCGCUCUCCACUUGUUGCAGUUCAACUCCGCUGCUGCACCGCCGCGCGCGCGCUGCGCAGCAACUAGUGGCUCUUCCUAACCCUGCCCCCGUAUCGCAGGAUCCAGGCAUAUUUCAACAAAGACCCUCCAAACACCCCAUACCUACCCCCCAACACACAUCUACUCCCCAUGGCUACCCAGUCUGGCUUGACACGCCGGAGAGGAGGCGGCGGCGGUGCCGCUGCUGCAAGCAAUGGCGACGACGAAGACCGCGUCUCCUCUCCCGUGCCUAGGGCCCGCAACGAUGACCGCACUCCAGAGACGUCCUACGAAGACUCCGCCAAUGGCCACCGAAUCGCCUUCGACCCCCGGGACAUUAGCGAGAGCAAGGAACGGGACAAGCAACCCAAACUGACGCUCAUGGAGGAGGUUAUCCUCAUGGGUUUGAAGGACAAACAAGGCUACCUUUCAUUCUGGAACGACAAUAUCUCGUAUGCGCUGCGAGGAUGUAUCGUCAUAGAGCUGGCAUUCAGGGGCCGCAUAAGCAUGCAGAAAGAUUCCUCGCGGCGGAGGUUUCCUCUCGCCGAUAGGGUCAUCGAGGUCAUUGAUGAUACCUUGACCGGCGAAGUGCUACUUGACGAAGCCCUCAAGAUGAUGAAGUCCAGCGAAAAGAUGAGCGUGAAUUCGUGGAUCGAUCUCAUGAGCGGCGAAACCUGGAACCUCAUGAAAAUUGGGUACCAGCUUAAGCAAGUGCGCGAACGUCUAUGCAAGGGCCUUGUCGACAAGGGGAUUCUACGAACAGAAAAGAAGAACUUCCUCCUUUUCGACAUGGCUACACAUCCUGUUGCCGACGGAGGCGCAAAGGAAGAAAUCCGACGCCGAGUCCGCAACGUUCUGACCAGCCGCACCGUUGUCCUUCCCGGUAGCCAGUUCCUCCCCGAGGAAAUGGAGUUUCGGUACAUUCGAACCAUCGUAAUGGUGUGCGCUGCGUACGCAGCAAAUGUGCUCGAGAAUGCGCUCACGACACUUGGGCACGAAGCUCGAGAGCGGGCUUUCGCCCAAGUGGACGAAAUGCUUGCAGAGUACUCACAAUGGCCAUUCGCGAGAAGAUCUGGUGGCUCGGGAGGCGCAGGUGCCAACCUCGGACAGGUGAUCAACGACGAAGUCAACAACGCCAAAGACAAGGAACUGCAACUGGAGGUCGUUGCUGCAUGCCUGAGCGUCUUCACCAGGCUGGAUUCACUGCUUUAA